CACAUCGUGUCGUCUUUGUCUUUCAUGCAGGAGACACUGACAGCACGUGGCUGCCAGAAGAGCAUCAAGGAGCUCGAGAUCCGCUUGCCUAUCGACUACGGUGUGACCAGAUACAGCGAUACCAUAGCCGACCUGUCUGCCCUGGAGGGAUUUGUAGCCGCGUGCUGUGAGUCGCCCGACAUUCCAGUCACGUGCACCAAGCGGGAGACCUGGGAGAGGGGCACCGAGCCCUCCCAGACGCGCACAUUAUCCUUCGACCCGAUGAUCGUCUGCCGUGACGAUUUCCCCACCGACCCGACUCCCCUCUUCACCACGGUCAUGAAGCAGCUGGCCCGGCAGGCAGACAAGGUGCGUUUCGAGUUCAAGGAGCCCAUCAGCGAGUUCGAGGAGCCCAUCAGCAACCCUUCCCCCAGCUACAGCCAAUCGGCGAUCGACUGGGCCACGCAGCUGUCCUUCGACAACGCCGAGACGGUGUCGUUCACAAGCAAUUUGGAUCACGACUUCUGGAUGUUCACAUCCUAUCCCCCGGCACCUCCCAUCCCCCGCCCCUCACUCACCGCAUUCAUGCAGCCCUUCCCCAAGGCCAAGAGGCUGAUGCUCUCUGGCCGUGUGGGCGGUGCUGCGGGGCGGCUACUGGCAGACAAGCUUCCCAAACAGCUCAACUCGGUGGAGAUCGAGGGAAUGGAGGCAGCUGAGGCGGUCGGCGCCCUGCAGGCGCUGGGCAGUGGGCGGGAGGUGGGGACGGUGACGAUAGGCACAGCCCCACGGUAUCGACGGCCGAUGCGUCUGGGUGAGAGCGCCAUCGCUCAGCUGGUCGGGGCGGCGGCGGACCUGCCGACCAUCGGCGAAUUUGAGUUCAAUCCCACAUGUAAGCAAAGACACGAUGAACAACCAAUUUGAGUCCAAAAGAGAGCUGGUUGACUGCCUACUUGUCUGCUUGUGGUGCUGCAGUUCCGCCAGGUCGCGAAGCUGAGGUACGUGAGACCGUGCUGGGCUACCUGUCAUCGCUGCUGCAGCUGAGAGGUCUGCGGCAGCUGCAGAUGAAGAGGUCAGUGCACAUACAUGACCUGCCCGCCUCCGUGACUGUCGGCGGCGUGGCGUUUACCAUCACCCAAUGGCCUUAUCGGCCUAACUUUGGUCACACGCUGACCGCCAAGCGUGAGACUUAGCUCGUCAUGGUGGAUGGAUACGACAGGGUGGUUAGGUAGCCAUGAGGGGGUGAGGAGAAGACGG